AUGAGGCUGUAUAUCGUAUUGUCACUGCUGAUCUGCACGAUAUGCUACUCGCAUGCCAAGUCAGCUCAAGGACAGCGUGUAUUGAUGAUUUUGAACGACGUCAAGGACUCGAAUUCAAAAUAUUCUAAAUUCACUCAAUCAUUAUCUCAACGAGGCUUCUCAAUUACAACCAAAGCUGCCACUGACUCAUCACUGGCUUUAAUAAAAUAUGAAGAAAAGGUUGCUGAUCAUUUGAUUAUACUAUCAUCUGAAGCUGAAUCAUACGGAAACGACUUAACAGUCGGUGCAAUCAUCGAAUACGUAAAUGCCGGGGGAAACGUCCUCGUAGCAGGUUCAACCUCCAUAUCCGAAACUCUUCGAGACUUGGCCCUCGAAUUCUCUGCCGACUUUGACGAACCUGGUCGUAACGUACUCGAUGCAUUCUCGUCUCCCAUAACAGAAAAUCCAGCUAGAAUCACGUCAUCACACUACAUUGCCAACCCACAUAUACUACCAUCAUCAAUCACAGCUUCAACUAUACUGUUUGAAGGUGUAGGACAUCGAUUGACGGGUCGUAAUCCGUUUAUUAUCCCUGUAUUGACUGGCUCUGCUUCAUCGUAUACUGGUGUAAAAGAUGGCGGUGUGGAUGCGUCUUCUGUGCUAGGGACCAAUAAUGUGUUGGUGUCUGCUCUACAAGCUAGGAAUAAUGCUAGAGUCAUCUUUGCUGGAUCCGCUCUCAUGUUUUCGGACGAGCUUUGGGAUGCUAAGGUUGAUGGGAAACCGGUCGGUAAUGCUCAAUUCGCUAUUGAAUUGACUAAAUGGGCCUUCCAUGAAAAGGGUGUUCUCAAGGUCCGCAAAUUCUGUCACCAUGAAAAGAAUGGAACUCAACAAUUAGGAACAUAUCAUCAAGGUCCUACGUACAGGAUCAAGGACUACUUUACAUACGAAAUCGACAUUUCCAAAUACGAAUCCGACGAAUGGAAACCCUUCACAACCAAUGACCUUCUCCUCGAAGCAAUAAUGAUUGACCCAUACGUCCGCAUACCCCUCAAACCAACAACAUCACACACACCAUCCGCAUACCCAGAUGCACAAUACUAUGAAGCAACCUUCCAACUACCAGACGUAUACGGCGUAUUCACAUUCAAAGUAGAUUAUAAACGACAUGGAUUGACGUGGCUCUUGGCUUCUGAUACUGUACCUAUAAGACCAUUCAGGCAUGACGAGUACCCGAGAUUUAUUGCUGCUGCUAAUCCGUAUUAUGUGAAUAGCUUUAGUCUGAUGAUUGGGUUUUUGCUUGUGUGUUUGCUUUGGAUGUAUCAUCGUGAACCCCUUGUAAAGGAAAAGGCUGCAUAA